AUGAGUAAACGAAAUUUUGAUAAUUACAGCAGUAACAACAACAAUAACCAACGAUUCUCUGCGUCAUCGUCGUCAUCGGGAGGCUACAGUAACCGAGGAGGAAGAGGUUCCUAUAAUAAUAACAGCAACUCUUCGGACCGAAAAGGAGGCUACAACCGACCGAAUAACACGUAUGGUAACAAUCGAUACAACACUGGAGGCAAUAGAUCCUUUGAAAAGAAGAAGAGAAUAGAUUACAAUACCACCACAGAGGAUUACACCGAAAAGACCACAAGAACAUCCACAAGAAGUGAUGCUGAGACUAAUCCCUUUACUGGACAACCAUACAGUGACAAAUACUAUUCAAUUUAUGAAAAGAGAAGAUUAUUACCAGUUUUUGAGGCUCAAAGAGACUUUGUCAAAUUAGUUGAAGAUAAUCAAAUUGUUCUUUUGGUCGGUGAAACAGGUUCUGGUAAGACUACACAAAUUCCACAAUUCCUUGUUCAUUCCGGAUAUGCAAAAGAUGGAAAAGGAGUUGCUUGUACUCAACCUCGUAGAGUUGCUGCCAUGUCUGUUGCUCAACGUGUUGCUGAUGAGAUGGACGUUGAUUUGGGUAAUGAAGUUGGUUAUUCCAUUCGUUUUGAAGACAAAUCUUCAGAAAAAACAAUUCUCAAGUAUCUCACCGAUGGUAUGCUUUUAAGAGAAGCCAUGUUAGAUCCUAAAUUAAGCAAAUAUUCAGUGAUUAUUUUGGACGAAGCUCACGAAAGAACUCUCAGCACAGAUAUUUUGAUGGGUUUAUUGAAGGAAUUAUUGCAAAAGAGAAAGGAUUUGAAAUUGGUAGUCAUGAGUGCUACUUUGGAUUCUGGUAAAUUCCAAGACUAUUUUGAAUCUGCUCCAGUCAUGCACAUUCCUGGUAGAACAUUCCCUGUUGAAAUUUUCUAUACUGAAAGCGCAGAAAAAGAUUACUUUGAAGCUGCUAUUAGAACCACCCUUCAAAUUCACUUAACCGAAGAAAAGGGUGAUAUUUUACUCUUUUUAACAGGUCAAGAAGAGAUUGAAUCUGCAUGUGAACAACUCACACAAGAGGUGAACAACAUGAGAGCUGAAAAUAGAAAUAUUGGAGUGUUGGAAUGUGUUCCUCUGUUCAGUACUUUACCACCUGAACAACAACAACGUAUUUUCAAGGAAGCUCCACCUGGAGGUAGAAAGUGUGUCGUUGCAACCAAUAUUGCAGAAACUUCAGUGACCAUCGAUGGAGUCGUGUACGUCGUUGAUCCAGGAUUCUUCAAACAAAAAAUUUAUAAUCCAAGAACAAGAGUAGAAUCGUUGCUUGUGACACCAAUUUCUAAGGCCAGUGCUAAACAAAGAGCAGGUAGAGCGGGAAGAACUCAACCUGGAAAAUGUUUUCGUUUAUACACUGAACAAGCUUUCAAUGAUUUAGAUGAACAAACGUACCCAGAAAUUUUGAGAAGUAAUUUGGGAACGGUUGUUUUGCAAUUGAAAAAGUUAGGCGUUGAUGAUUUAGUUCACUUUGAUUUUAUGGAUCCACCUGCUCCUGAGACUUUGAUGAGAGCUUUGGAACUUUUACACUACUUGGGAGCUUUGGACGAUGAAGGAGAAUUGACAGAACUGGGAGAUCGAAUGAGUUUGUUCCCUCUUGAUCCACAAUUGGCCAAACUGUUGCUAGUGGCUCCAGAUUUCAACUGCUCUAACGAAAUUUGUACGAUUGUGGCCAUGCUUUCUUCGCCAACUCCAUUUGUGAGACCAAAAGGCCAACAACGUGAGGCUGACAGUGCCAAAGCUCAAUUCCAACAUUCCGAUGGAGAUCAUCUAACUCUUCUUAACACAUUCCAUGCAUUUGUGGCAAACAAGUGCGACAAGAAGUGGUGUUAUGAUAAUUAUCUCAACUAUAGAACUCUUAGAUCAGCAGAGAGUGUGAGAAAACAACUGGAUCAAUUGAUGGUCAAGUCAGGAAUUCCUCGAGUGAGUACCGACACAGGCUCUCCAGAAUACUAUCGAAACAUUAGAAAGGCCCUUGUUUCUGGAUUUUUCAUGAAUGUUGCAUUUAAGGAUCGAUCUAAUCAUUACUGUACUGUGAAGGAUAACCAGGUAGUUGCCUUGCAUCCAUCAACCACUUUGAAUCAUGCUCCAGAGUGGGUCCUUUACGACGAAUUCGUAUUGACAAACAAGCAAUAUGUCAGAACGGUGACAGAAAUUGAAGGAGAAUGGCUUCUCGAACUUGCACCUCACUAUUAUGAAUUAGAUCAUUUUCCAGCAAACUCUGAUUGCAGAACAAAAAUUGAACGAAUCAUUUUGCAACGAGAAAGAAGAAACACGAAAAGCAAAAAUAAAUAG